AUGGAAAGAAAGAAUCAAACAGCUAUAACUGAAUUCAUCAUCUUGGGAUUCUCCAACCUAAAUGAAUUGCAGUUUUUACUAUUCACCAUCUUCUUUCUGACUUAUUUCUGUACUUUGGGAGGAAAUAUAUUAAUUAUCUUGAUGACUGUGACUGAUCCACACCUGCAUACACCUAUGUAUUAUUUUCUAGGGAACUUGGCCUUUAUUGACAUCUGCUACACCACCAGCAAUGUCCCCCAAAUGAUGGUGCACCUCCUCUCAAAGAAAAAAAGCAUUUCUUAUGUGGGGUGUGUGGUUCAACUUUUUGCAUUUGUUUUCUUUGUAGGAUCAGAGUGUCUCCUACUGGCAGCAAUGGCAUAUGAUCGUUACAUUGCAAUCUGCAAUCCUUUAAGGUAUUCAGUUAUUCUGAACAAGGUUCUAUGCAAUCAGUUAGCAGCCUCAUGCUGGGCUGCUGGUUUCCUUAACUCAGUGGUGCAUACAGUGUUGACAUUCCACCUGCCCUUCUGUGGCAACAAUCAGAUUAAUUACUUCUUCUGUGACAUCCCCCCUUUGCUGAUCUUGUCCUGUGGAAACACUUCUGUCAAUGAGUUGGCACUGCUAUCCACUGGGGUCUUCAUUGGUUGGACUCCUUUCCUUUGUAUCAUACUUUCCUACAUUUGCAUAAUCUCCACCAUCUUGAGGAUCCACUCCUCAGAGGGAAGAUGAAAAGCCUUUUCUACAUGUGCCUCCCACCUGGCCAUUGUCUUCCUCUUUUAUGGCAGCGCCAUCUUUACAUAUGUACGGCCCAUCUCAACUUACUCAUUAAAGAAAGAUAGGUUGGUUUCAGUGUUGUACAGUGUUGUUACCCCCAUGCUAAACCCUAUAAUUUACACAUUGAGGAAUAAGGACAUCAAAGAAGCUGUCAAAACUAUAGGGAGCAAGUGGCAGCCACCAAUUUCCUCUUUGGAUAGUAAACUCACUUAUUGA